AUGUAUUCGGACAACGGGACAACAUUCGUCGGAGCGGACCGAGAACUGACCGUCGCGUACCGGUCAGCAGUACGAGAUCCGAAUUUCUUGAACCUGACGGCCUCCGAUAAAGUAUCGUGGAAUUUUAUUCCCCCCUCUGCCCCGCACUUUGGCGGAUUGUGGGAGGCGGGCAUACGGAGCGUCAAAACACAUCUACGCCGAGUGUUAGAGAAUCAUAUGCUAACAUUCGAAGAAUUUUCGACAGUAUUAUGCAAAAUCGAAGCGUGUCUAAGCUCAAGGCCAAUUGCGCCUCUCUCCGACACUCUUGAGGACUACGAAUGCCUCACUCCCGGUCAUUUCUUAAUCGGAUCAGCGCUUAAUGUAAACCCGGUAACAUCACUGCUCGAUCUCAACGAAAAACGUCUUUCGAGGUGGCAUCUAGUCCGACAUGUCACUGAACGGUUUUGGAAAUUAUGGAGUAACGACUAUGUAAAUACUUUACAACAAAGAGCAAAAUGGCGAAAGGUCAAGCCACCGAUUAAACCCGGGCAACUUGUCCUAUUGCGUAAUCCGCUGUUACCCCCCUGCAAAUGGGAGUUGGGCCGAGUGACGCGCUGUCACCCCGGCUCCGACGGAUUCGAACGGGUCGUCACCGUAAAGACGGCCACAUCCAAAUUCAAAAGACCGAUUGUCAAACUGUGCGUACUACCGGUCAAUAAUGAGGCGACGAGCAAUUAG